UCCCGGGCUCUCCAAAUGGCCUGGCGCCGCGCUCCGGCCGGGCUGCUGCUGAUGCCGCGGCUGCUGCUGCUGCUGCUGGUGCAGGAGAGAGCGAGCGGCAGCCACACGCCCGGAGUGGUCGGACUGCCCCCGGCUGCCUACGACUUCUUGUUCAGUGGGGCUCCCGCUGUCUUUUCCUCCGCCUCGGCCUCUUCCAGCUCGGCUGCAGCGGGCAUUGAGCGCCUAGGGGACGUAUCUGCAGCCCUGGGAGCCAGCGCUCGGGACAUGGUAGCUGUCCACAUGCUUAAGCUCUAUGAGAAAUACAACCGCGAGGGCAGCCGGCCGGGAGACGGCAACACCGUCCGCAGUUUCAAACCCAAGCUGGAAAUGAAUGACCAGAAAGCCUUGUAUCAUUUCAAUUUGACAUCCAUGCAAGAUUCAGAAAUGGUUCUUUCAGCCACGUUCCACUUCUAUUCAGAUCGGCGGCCUCGGUCCCGAGAAGUAAUUUGCAAGCGUUCCAAGAACUCCUCCUGCCGCCUGCUGCACCUACAGCCCCUCCCUCAUUUCCACCUGAUAUUCCGCAGUGUCCCACAGAAUGCAGCUUUUGGGCUGGUCAAAGGUAAUGUGACUAUCUUCCCCCACCAAAGGGGUGUUUGGCAAGCCAAGGAUAUUUCUCACAUAAUUAAGGAAGCCAAACAGGAUGGGGAGCUUCUCCUCCUGGCUGAGCUCGAUUCUGGGGAGAAGGACCAAGUCUUCCAUGGCCCAGGACCAAACAACAUGCCCUACAUCCUUGUCUAUGCUAAUGAUCUGGCAAUCUCUGAGCCUAACAGUGUGGCAGUGACUCUCCAGAGGUAUGACCCCUUCCCAACCAGUGACACUGACCCAAGCCGCUCGCCCAAUGCCUCCACUGACUCUCGGGUGAGGAGGGACAUUUAUGUUCCUGGUUCCAUCCAUGACAAUGAGCUUCCAGAGGUAGAAUACAGUCUCCACCAUCCCCAUCACCUCCACCAUACUCAUCACCCUCAACACUAUCAUAAACAUGACCUGUGGGAGAGUGCCUAUAAGGCCCUAAAACCUAAAUCACCCCGGAAAGACCGAAGGAAAAAGGGACAAGAUCAUAAUGAAAUGCUUACAAAGUCUCAGAUGCUGAAUUUUGAUGAGAAAACCAUGAAAAAGGCCCGAAGAAAACAAUGGAAUGAGCCGAGAAUUUGCUCACGGAGAUAUUUGAAAGUUGACUUUGCUGACAUAGGGUGGAAUGAAUGGAUCAUAUCACCUAAAUCAUUUGAUGCCUAUUACUGUUCUGGGGCUUGUGAGUUCCCAAUGCCCAAGAUUGUGCGACCAUCAAACCAUGCCACAAUCCAGAGCAUUGUAAAAGCAGUGGGGAUCAUUCCAGGCAUUCCAGAGCCCUGCUGUGUUCCUGAUAAAAUGAACUCCCUCAGUGUACUGUUCUUGGAUGAGAAUAGAAACGUGGUACUAAAGGUAUAUCCCAAUAUGUCAGUGGAGACUUGUGCCUGCCGAUAAAUCUCUGGGAUGGACUUCUGUUUAAAAAGAAGAAAAGAAAAG